GAUGACUGGGGAGUCGAUACCAUGAAACACAAGCCGGUCUACAAUGGAGAACCAGCCAAAAUCCGAUGUCCGCUCUUCGAGGCCUUCUUGAAGUAUAACUACAGCACUGCCCACUCAGCCGGCCUGACCCUGAUCUGGUAUUGGAUCGGGCAAGGCCGGGACCUGGAGGAGCCCAUCAACUUCCGUCUUCCCGACAACCGCAUCAGCAAGGAGAAGGAUACGCUGUGGUUCCGGCCUGCGCUUCUUAACGACACGGGCAACUAUACAUGUAUGCUCAGAAAUGCUACCUACUGCAGUAAAGUAGCUUUCCCCCUGGACGUGGUCAACAAAGACCCCGGUUCUUGCGUCAGCCAAUUCGUUAAGCCGGACAACUUGAUGUUUUACUUGGAACACACCAACGUCAACCUCAAGUGCCCAGAUGUAGACGGUUUUUUUCCGGCUGGAGUCAAGCCGAAGGUCCAGUGGCUUAUGAACUGUGUCUCUGUGAACGGCUUUCCCGAGCGGUACCCCAAUGGCCUCAUCCUCACGUUUGGCCUCAUGCGGGAGGCUUACAAGGGGAACUACACUUGCAUUGUGACCUACAAGGAGAAUGGCCAGGAUUUCAUGCUGACUCGAACUCUCAGGAUCAAGGUGGUAGCGGCUCCAGAGAAGGGGAAGCCCCCGCAUUUUAUCUUUCCGAAUGACCGUUUUGUCUACGAACUCCCAGCAGGAGCGGAUCUCGUUCUCCCUUGUCGAGUCUUCUUCACAUACCUGAAGGGCCCUCCGCCUGAAGUCUCCUGGAUGAUUGACGGGAGAAAUACAGACGACAUCACGGACCUCAAGAUAAAUGUCUCCCACAAUGAGACUUAUGACUCCGUGGAAAACUUGGAUCUUCGAAAGAUUCUGACUGUGCCAAAAGCCACAGAGGAGGACCUGAAGCGCAACUACACCUGCUAUGCCCGCAACCCAAGGGGUGAAGAAUACAGGCAAGCCAUUGUGAAGUUGCAAGUUCCAGUUCCGAGAUACACCGUGGAGCUGGCUUGUGGUUUGGGAGCAACCGUCUUUCUCGUGGUCAUCCUGACUGUGGUCUACCACGUUUACUGGCUGGAGAUGGUUCUCUUCUACCGAGCUCACUUUGGGACGGAUGAAACCAUUCUAGACGGGAAGGAGUUUGACAUUUAUGUGUCCUACGCGAGGAACGCUGAGGAGGAAGAGUUUGUGCUUCUGACGCUACGAGGAGUCCUGGAGAACGAGUUUGGCUACAAGCUGUGCAUCUUUGACAGAGACAGUCUCCCCGGCGGAAAUAUCACAGAAGCCAUUUUUGACUUCAUCCAGAGGAGCCGGAAGAUGAUUGUGGUGCUGAGUCCCGACUACCUGCUGGAGAAGAGCAUCAGCAUGCUGGAGUUCAAACUGGGCCUCCUUUGCCAGAACCACAUUGCCACCAAACUCAUCGUGGUGGAGUACCGGCCGCUCCUGCGGGCCCACCCCAGCAUCCAGCAGCUGAAGGAGUCCGUGGCUUUCGUGGCAUGGAAAGGAGAGAAGUCCAAAAGGCCCGGCUCCAAGUUCUGGAAGGCCUUGCGCCUCGCCCUGCCCCUGAGGAGCCUGAACACCACCAGCUCCGCCUGGAACGAAAGCUGCUCUUCCCACUCCGACAUCAGCCUGGACCACGUCCAGAAGAAGAAGGGCCGGUUGAAAGGGCAGGCCAAAGAGCAGAGCUCCCGGCCGGGCAUCCCUGUCCAAAGAGGGCUACCCCCCUUGCCCCGCGUCAAGGCCAAAGGCCACCCCAAGCCCUUCCUGGCUUGCAGGUGCUGUGUGGCGUCCUGCAAUGGAAACCAUAAACUCAGGAGCCAGAGCCAUGGGGCGGGGAAACCCAAGUGGGAGGCGCAGCCCCGCAAGACCCUUGCUGGGGUGCCAAAGGGACCCCAGCGCCAGAGCAGCGCCCAGUGUCUGCCUGCAGCCUCACCCAUGCCAGCCCUCGGUCUCCACCAAUACUCAGACUUGUCCAACAACAACGACUUCUAUGUUCUCUAG